AUCAACUGAACUCCUCCCAUCAAUGUAAUACUAAUAGCUCGUCUUCUGUUCAGUUCCCUCCACCUCUGCCGCCGCACCUCCCCUCCCUGCCUGCCUGCACGCGACUCGCAGAAACAUCCGACUUCCACGCGCACGCUGCGAUAACAUCUCCUUCACCCUUCGAUGCUCCAAUACGCCGCUUCCAACGCGCCUCAGACGUUCUCACGACGAUCAUCAGUCUUUGCAGACCCGCCCUCAAGAUCCACAGACAAGGCAUUGUCCAGCUACGAUAGCCAUACUGGCUACAACAUACCGCGACCUCCAUCAACGCUGUCGCAAGCCACAACGAGCAGUGAACAACAUCGGAGCAAAUCGUUCAGUAGUCUGACUGGCUCGCUGGACUCAUCGGCAGCGUUGUCACAGUUGGCGAUGUUGGCAGCGCAGGCUCCAGCGGCGGAGAUGAAUACAAACAAUGGGAGCAGUGAUAGUACGCGAUCAGGGACACCGAACAACGCCAUGAACGGCGUCAACAACGCGCAAUAUGCUUCGGCGCCGCAUGCGACCGCUGGAGGCAACCAGACCGGCGGCGGCCCUCCUGUCUGCCAGAACUGCUCCACUUCAACCACUCCACUAUGGCGUCGCGAUGAAUCUGGCUCGGUCCUUUGCAAUGCCUGUGGCUUGUUUCUGAAACUACAUGCCCGCCCGCGGCCAAUCAGCCUUAAGACUGAUGUGAUCAAGAGCAGAAAUCGCGUCAAGACAGCACAACCCAAGAAGCGAGACAGCAAUGGCGGUGCCGAUGGUCUGAUGCAAGCACCGCAUUCGAACAGUUUCGGCACCUCUCAAAACGACAUCGUUCAUAAUGGACACCAGCACAGUCUUCCAAUGAGCCAGUCGUUGGAACACUCCGUCCGUGCACCAUCUCCUACCUCCGCGUCCAGAAGCAAUACCCCUCUCAACCAGCACUCCUCCUCCGCCAUCGCACCUCAACACAUCUUCGACACCGUCAACCUCCCCUCCGCCGACUCCUCCUUCUCAGCUUCGCCGUCACUGCCACACUUCUCCCUGCGGAACCCCAGUCCCGCUCCAAGCUCCCUAAACGGAACCGCAAACGGACACAUGGAGCCACCUCAAACCUACGAUGUCCUUCUACACCAGAACCAAAUUCUCCGCACGCGCGUGAGUGAAUUGGAAGUGAUUAACGAUCUAUUCCGGGGGAGGGUGUCGGAAUUGGAAGGCAACGGGGAGGUGCUGCGGCUGAAAGCGGAACUUGGAGCUGCGCAUGAGAGAGCAGAGCAGAUGCAGAAGAGGAUUAUGGAUUUGGAGACGGAACUGAGAGAGGGACCGGCAAGGAAGAAGGCGAGGUUGGAGCAUGGGUCGGAGACGAAUGGCUCGUCGUGA